CUUUCCCCUCAACUUCUCCCAGUGAUCCCUUCCAAAUUGCUCAACACAGCAAUUUAAUUUCACCAUGUCGACCGGUCUGCGGAUAUUAGUGCCCAUCAAGCGGGUGAUCGACUACGCGAUCAAACCCCGCAUCAACAAAACCCAAACUGGCGUCGAAACCAACGUCAAGCACUCCCUGAACCCAUUCGAUGAGCUCUCCGUCGAAGAGGCUGUCCGCCUCCGCGAGCGCAAGGACUCCCCAAUGAAAGUCGAGAACAUCCUCGCCCUCUCAGCUGGCGGCCCCAAAACCCCCGACGUCCUCCGCACAGCAAUGGCCAUGGGCGCCGACCGCGCAUUCCACAUCGACGUUCCCGAGUCCAGCGACGGCGGACCCGAGCCUUUGACAAUCGCCAAGCUACUCCGCUCCGUCGUCGAGAAGGAGAACAUCAACCUCGUGUUGCUUGGUAAGCAGGCGAUUGAUGGCGACCAGGGCCAGACAGGACAGAUGCUUGCUGGAUUACUGGGUUGGCCACAGGCCAACCAGGCCAGUAAGGUUGAGAUUAAGGAUGCGAACGGCACUGUUGAGGUUACGCACGAGGUUGAUGGUGGUGUUGAGACUUUGCGCGCUAAAUUGCCUAUGGUCAUUACUACUGAUUUGCGGUUGAACGAGCCUCGGUACGCUUCUUUGCCCAACAUUAUGAAGGCGAAGAAGAAGCCUUUGGAGAAGAAGACGCUGGCCGACUUUGGAGUUGAGGAUUCGAGGCGGUUGAAGACGAUUUCUGUUACUGAGCCCCCACCACGCAAGGGUGGUGGCAAGGUUGAGGACGUCGAUGGUCUUGUUUCCAAGCUUAAGGAGAUGGGUGCGCUCUAAGCGUCAUGCCUAAGAAAUUCCUGGGGUUUCCUGGGUGGUUUCUAUGAUUUUGUACUGUUAUACCAUCUGUCAUCCUCUAGACUUGUUUUGAACCCAGUUAUUUUCAUGGGCUGUCUAGAAUUGGAUUUAUUGUUGAA